CAGAUUUCACGUAGGGUUAUAUAAAUCUCACAGCCCCAGUAAAAUAAUUCAACCAUUGCUCUCUACAUCAGCCGCGAAACUUGCCAAUUUUUCUCUCAAAUCAAAUAAGAUUAUGCAAUUUUAUUUUCCAAAAAAAGGAAAAAAAGAAAAAUAAUUUACUAUUAAUUCAUCAAUCGCCAUAGACGAUAUUAUUUUAUUUUUCACGUACGGAGAUUUUGAGUUUUACCCAGUGCAGAGUGACUGUUGUUUUUUCGCUUGAUGAUGAUCGGGAAAUCAACAGAGGACUGAACAUUUGGGAGAAGGAGGAAUUGUGGCUAGGGUUUUUACUGGUGGUUUUGCGUUAAUGGAGAAGGAGAACGAUGAUCGUACAUUCAGGACGGAUUUCACGAGCGAAGGUGUUUCUAGGCUUCGCGAGCAAGUUAAUGAGAAGCUCAAAGAAUUUAUGGGCGAUUACACCGACGACACUCUCGUGGAAUAUGUCAUAGUUUUGCUUAAGAAUGGUAGGCGCAAGGACGAAGCAAAGAGUGAGUUGAAUGUGUUUCUUGGAGAUGACAGCGACUCUUUUGUAUCUUGGCUCUGGGAUCAUCUAGGAUCUAAUCUAAGUUUGUAUGUGCAAACACCGGAACUUCGUCCAGAUGGAGCCCAACAAAUAAAUUCUGCAGCUGGGAAACCGGAUGAGGGAACUGAGCUGCAGCAGAUGGAUUCUGAUGCUCAGAAAGAAAGAAAAACAUCUGGAAAGCGUCGUAAGCGUGAAUGGAGAGGUCUAGUAAGGGACACAGAUGAAACUGAAAACCCCUUUGCUCAAGGCUCUGUGCCUGACAACAUAAAUGUGCAGACUGAACCUCGUCAGAAAGUUGAUCGUACUGAACGGUCUCUCUCUUCUCGGCCGAUGACUGAGAAGAAAAGAAGGCGACAUGAGGAGCGACGUCCAGGGAAGAAGGAAGUUUCUGAAGCAACUGCAUCGGCACCAAGAAGGCUGCUUCAAUUUGCUGUACGAGAUGCUGUUGCCACUUCUAUGCCGCGCCUACGGUCUGUGAUUUCUACUGCAACUGGGGGCUCUUUUCUUGAAGAGCGCGCUCACAGAAAUCAACCAAGAUUGCUCACUGCAACUUCAGCUGCUCAUAAAGCUGUGGCAGAAGCGGCCGAAGAUGCGGUCAAAAUUAGACCACCACAUAAUGUAUUUGAUAGGCUUGGUCGUGCUACAGAUAUUUCCAACACCACCGAUCAUUUAAUAGAAUACAGAGGUCUUGCUGAAGAUGGAGGAGUAAUUGGAGAUUUUGGUGACGAAAGAUUUGAAAUUGAUUUAGCUUAUACGCAACCAAGUGACGACAUAAUGCAACAAGAGAUGAAUCUGUUACCUUAUUACGAUGACACAGUCAUGUCUUCCGAUGUGAGAUAUGUCCCUGAAGAUUAUGAAGAUUAUAGACAGCAAAGUGAUGACAAUAUGCUAGAAGAGACGAAUUUGUUAGAUUAUUAUGAUGACACAAUUAUAUCUUCUGAUUUGAGAUAUGAAAUUGAAGAUUACGUUGAUUUUGAUGUAAUGGAUAAUCGAACCGCAAAUAUAUAUCAGCCAGACACUUACCAUGAGGAAUGGGUGGAGGACUCCCUAAUGUUACAGAAUAGCGUGACUGAAGGCACUGAGGAAAGAAUGCGCAGACGACGUAUAGAUUUAGAUCAACCUGCACCUCGUAAAAUUGCAUCGUCAGUCAAUUUGAGUACCCGAAAACCUCAAUAUGAGAAGGUGAGGAAGGUAGCUGAGAAAAUGGAUAAUCGCAAAGUAAUACCAGAUAGCAAUACCGUGGCUGCUAAGUCCCAAGCACGGUUGAUGAAAAAGAACAACAAUCCCAAAGUAACGCUUAGCGGAAAUGUAAGACAUCACCAAGAGGCCAAACCUGCCACGGCUCCUCAGCAUGAAUCACAACAGACUCAGACGCCAACUGGUUUACGUUCUACUGGUCCACCUGUGGAAGAUGCCGAUUCAAGGACCAUCUUUGUUAGCAAUGUUCAUUUUGCUGCCACUAAGGAUAGCCUUGCACGGCAUUUCAACAAGUCCGGAGAAGUACUAAAAGUGAUUAUUUCAACUGAUCCAACUACCGGGCAACCAAUGGGGUUAGGUGUUUCAGAGAGGCGUUGUUUUUCUUAUGUGGUGUUCCUUCUGUUUAAAUAUAUGAUUCUAAAAUACAAUUUUUGCUUAUUCAGGUCAGCUUAUAUAGAAUUCACGAGGAAAGAAGCGUCGGAACAGGCUUUAUCUUUCGAUGGCACCUCUUUUAUGUCUCGUAUUCUCAAGAUUGUAAAGAAAAGCUCUGCCCAAGUUGAGGCUGCAUCUCCCGUAAUAUGGUGGCCGCCACGUAAUACCGCUAGAGUUCCUUUCGCAGGAGGUGUUCCGAGAUUAUAUAGGCCUCGUAUACCAAUUAAGCACGGUGGUGGUGGAAGAAGCUUGCAGUGGAAGCGUGGUGGUGCUCAGCCCAAUGUCAACCCUAGCCGUGGUGGUGGUUUUACGUAUAUCCGAUCGGAAAGUAAGACAUAAUAUCUGCAGUUAGUGGAAAAGUUCGUAGCACAGCCAGCGCAAAUGCAGAUCAAUUUUUUGAAUCUUAGAGAGAGAAGAUAACUACACUUCCUUUUUGGUUUAUAAACUUAGGUGAUUUUGAUUAGUAAAAUGCAGUAUCAUUAUUAGUCACA